AUGGUCGACACAAUCCCAGACAUCGCGGAUACCAAGUCGCGAAAGAGCGAUGUUGAGCAUGUCGAGCAAGAUCUUCAGAAGCCACAGCUUCUGCGUGAAGACGGCCAGCAAGAGUUCCCAGAGAUCUACCUUGAAGCGCUGGCACGGUACCCAAAUGACGAAUCAAUUGACCAAGCCGAUGAGAAGCGUCUUCUCCGCAAACUGGACAUGAGAAUAUUGCCACUUCUCGGAAUUUGCUACUUCUUCUACUACGUCGACAAGACCACACUAUCUUACGCAGCGAUUUUCGGAUUAAAGGACGGCCUCAACCUGAAAGGCGAGGAAUAUUCUUGGCUAUCAAGUUGCUUCUAUUUCGGCUGGCUUAUCUGGGCCAUCCCAUCCAACCUGAUUAUGCAGCGCUGUCGUCCAGCUUGGUAUCUCUCUUUCAAUAUUUUCAUGUGGGGCGCCCUUCUUAUGGCCCAGGCCGCAGCCAAGAACUUCGGCGGCCUUCUUGCUCUUCGCGUACUGUCCGGUGCCUUCGAGGCCAUCGCAGAUCCUGCUUUUAUGUUGAUCACAUCGAUGUACUACACACGAUCUGAGCAGCCCUCUCGUAUCUCAGCGUGGUAUGCUUGGAAUGGAAUUGGUGUUGCUGGUGGUGGUCUCAUUGGUGAGUGUGGACAAUUCUACAGUACCGAUGUUCCCCAACGAUAUCCCGCUGACAAUCUUAUUCUAGGGUACGGUAUUGGACAUAUCAAAGGCGCCCUAGAGUCGUGGCGCUACGAGUUCCUUGUCGUGGGUGCUUUUUGUGCAUUUUGGGCAAUUAUCCUCGCUCUCUGCCUCCCCAACUCUCCACGAACCAUCUGGGGCUUCAGCCAUGAAGAGAAGCUUAUCAUGAUCGCCCGCAUGCGUCGCAAUCAAACAGGCAUCGAGCAACGCCGUAUCAACUGGGGUCAAAUCAAGGAAGCUUAUAUGGACUACAAGACUUGGCUUUUCACCUUGUUAGGCUUUGUUUCCAACGUCCCCAACGGUGGCAUCUCCAACUUCUCCACACUUGUCAUCAAGGGUCUUGGCUUUGGGACGCUUGAGACGGCGCUGCUUGGCAUCCCGCAAGGCGCUCUGGUGGUUAUCUGGAUUGGUCUUGGUGCCUUGGCAAAUAGGUAUAUGCCGGCCAACAGUCGUACACUGGUUUGUGCACUUUUUAUGUUGCCAACCAUUGGUGGUGCCUUGGGGUUCCUUCUUGCACCAGCCAAUGCCUACAUCGGUCGUCUCAUUUGCUUCUAUCUUACUGGUUCAUACCAAGCGUCCUUCGUCAUCUCUCUUUCGCUAAUCACAUCGAACACUGGUGGCCAAUCAAAGAAAAUGAUUGUCUCUGGCAUGAUUUGGUUUGGCGCUUGCAUCGGCAAUAUCGCAAGCCCGUUCUUUUACAAAACGAACCAGGCUCCCUCGUAUCAUCUCGGUAUUGGGUCACUCUUGGUCGCAAAUUGCAUUGAGCUUGCUCUCUUCUUUGUCUUCCGGUAUGCCUUCAUCUGGGAGAACAAGCGCAAAGAGAAGCAAAGAGACGCAUUGCGUGCAAAUGACAAUUAUACCGCCGACGAGCUCAACGCCACAGCGUUUACAGACAUGACCGACAAGGAGAAUCCCAACUUUGUGUAUGUGUACUAG